AUGGACUUCGAAGAGUUGCCUACUCGGUCUGGCCCAUCGUCCUUCGAACUCCUAAUUACCUGCAAUCCACCGAUCCUCCAGUCGCUACUUGCUCAAGUACCGACCGACACCAUAUUUCGUCUCUACCAGACCUCGUCCUUCCUUCGGGACUUUCUCUCAAAGUCUCCCACGUCGUGGCGCUAUAUAUCCUGGCGUUUGUACCAGCCUACGAUUUCGAAUGCUGCCGCCACUGCCAAUGGUGCUACUGGGCAGCGCCAGUCUAGUAACUACGCCCUCGAUCAAAUCCUCCUGAACAUCAUCAAUCCAUUUAGUACAAGGCUGGUUAGCCUCGAACUGGACAAUACGGCGGUUAGCGGAGCCACACUCACGUCGACCGUUUUGAUUUUGAGAAGAGAUACCCUGAGGCAUGUGUCUGUCCGUGGCUGCAAGAACGUCUCGUUGAAAUACCAUAUCAAUCCCUGGCUGCAGAUGCACGCUCUUGCACGAGAGUCCCAACCUGCCCGAGGUCCAACCGGCUUUGAGACGCUUGCUCUGGAGAGUUUAUACACAUAUCGGUGCCGCCAUCAUAGACGCAGACCAUACCUGCCGAGCAGCCUGUCACGGAAGGAAAGCGAUAGUGAGCCUACUCAUGAACUGGUCAGUACCUGUCAUAAGCUGGGGAUCUGGACCGAUACUGCAUGGUGCACAACACCCGGAGCUCGCUGUUUUCGCCGGAGAGGCUAUGUGAAGAUGCGAAUGCCCCAGGGCACGAGAGAGGUCUGGGUGGUUUAUGAUCGUCUAUGGAGAAGUCGGAACUGGUUGGGUCCGGUUGAAACUUUAGGAUCUAAUAGUUCAACUCCGCCGAAGAAACGGAGGCGGGAUGGUCGAAGUUGGGAGUUUGACGAGGAAGGUGUUAACGGUGAGGCCAUCGGAGUAAGCAGAGAAGGAAAGGCGACGCCGGCACAUCUUCGCCAGACUCACAAAGACUUUGUUGAAGACAUUGUGUGUCAUAACUGCUCCGCCGAAAUUCUAGAAAGAUGCGAACAAUGCUCGGUGAUGAUGCACUGCACUGGGUGUAGGAAAACACUCUGUGCAAGCUGUGCAUUCGACCGACCGUAUUUACGGAAUAAAAACGCACCAGAGGAGGAGCGGAACAAGUUCUGGUGGGCGCCAGGUUAUGCUGUGUCUCCUUGCACGAUGCAGGAUCAGGACCAACCUGCCAAUGGAGCCAAUGGCGCUCAAAAUGCUGAUCCUAAUUUGAUGCCAAAUAUCAAGUUCAGAUGGUGCUGUACCGAGCCCGUGUUCUCUGGUGGCGGAGGUAUCACCUUUGGCAAUACCAACAGCCGAGAAACGGACAAAAUCCGAGCAGCUCCUCUACCCAUCGGCAAGGGGUGGGAAGAUCCAGAGUUUGGUUCCGAACGGCCAGCCGUCGAAGAUGAAUCGGUGCAACAAGGCCCCGGUGGUCGAUGGCCAUCGAUCGACAGCUUCUUCAGGACAGCCGAAGCCUUAAGCUCCGAUGAGCCUCCGUCGUUUUCGAUACCUAGGGUUCUGUGCGACGAGUGCUACAGUACAGAGCACUGGAGACUGAAAUGUAAGGCCUGCGCAACAUCAUUGUGUCUCAAGCACGACAUCGGCGACCGAAUGAAGGUAAGGAUCUGUGGCUAUAGGGAUGUCGUUGCAGAGAGGCAGGAGUAUAAGUCUCGACAAAAGGCAUUGAAACUUUUGGCCACAUUGGUACGACAUCGAAAGGAGAGGCUGGCAGCAGAGAAGCCAGCAGCGCAACAGGACCAGGCGAGAUCAAGGCCGGACGGUUCGUCCACCCGUCGAUGGGUACCUCCUAACCCGCAACUACCAUCUAGAUCUGAGGGCUUAUAUGAUGGAGUCGAAAGGGAUGAUGUUGAGGCACCGGCUAUUGGACUCAGACAAGCCUUGCGCGCUCAUAGAACCCCCCUAGCUGAUCUUGAUCCACCUCAUCGACCACUGUCGCCAGCAUCGACUAGUACCGGCCCCCUGUCACGAUCGACGUCACCUACGCCUUCAGCUCACUCAAACCCUGCAACGCCUGAACCGUCUCUUAGUGCUCUGCGUCCAGAAGAUGAGCCGCCGGCAUUACCAAUAUGGCAAGGCUGCCAGGCGUUUUUCUGUCCGGCUACACGUGCUCCCGGAGACCACAGACGGCGCUGUCCUGCCAUCAUGAAGCAGUGCCUCGAGUGCAGAAUCAACAUCUGCGGGGAUUGCAUGAGCACUUUGGAACCUCCAUGUCCUUGCAAGGGCUGCAUGGCUCCCCAAACCGAGGAGCAAGUUUCAUCAGGCGAGCAUGCACCCCUCUUUUUCUGCCCAAAUUGCCGGUGGGCUAGGAUGGUGUCUGGAAAGUGCAAGAGAAGGUCUCAAGCAUUCCUGAUAGCACAGUCAUCGUCGAGGAAGAUGAAAAAGAGGAGGGAUCGAAUACGCAAACCUGUCGAGCAGCGGCGACUUGGCGGACACGGAUCGCUUGCAACCACCGAGGAAGCCAUCGAUGGUCUCGUUGAGUUCUUCACCAGCUUGCAUCCGACCACCAAUCCCACUCCACCGCAUCAUGCUGCUUCUGUGUCAGGGCGCCCUCCGAACAGUACUGCUCAGCACCCUCCUGGUGCAAAUCGCCCGGCAAUGCAAGCACUGCUGGCGCCCAUGCAGAGGCCUUUAGGCAUGAACCACGGCCACCAUUACCAUCAUCACGUUGUACCACCGCACUUGACAGAGUUUCAGGAAUUGGAAGACAUGGGCGUCCUCGCACGAGAUCUCAUACGUAGAAUCCAGCGACUUCGAGACCAGUACAGACCAGGUUCGCUAGCGGCGAUUGCCUUGCCAGACCCUCGAAUACCACAAAACGGUGGUAACGCGGCCGAUGAACCGGGGACCGCCCAAGCACCACCACGUACGCCUGGACUCGCUAGACCCGACACUGUUGCUAUUCCUCCACCGCCCCCUCAACAGAACCACAAUGCUGUGGCCGGCCCUGUGGGUCCAGGACACGUAGGUAAUAACGAAGAAAUCGACGACCGAGAAUCUGGAUCGGAUGAAGACGAAGACGAAGAAGAGGAAGCUUGA